CGAGGCGGCGGGAAAUGGCGGCGCGGUGGGCGGCGGCAGCGGGCGGUGCCUGGGUGCGCGGUCUGUUCGGCUGGGCGCGGCUGGAGAGGGGGCUAGCACCUGGUAGCCUUUUUCCUCUGUCAUGCAUCCACACAAGCACAUCUCUGCAGUUUGGGAAGUGGGAGAAAAAGAACAGGGUUGUUUACCCGCCGCAGCUGCCUGGAGAACCUCGCAGACCAGCUGAAAUAUAUCAUUGUCGGAGGGAAAUAAAAUAUAGCAAAGAUAAGAUGUGGUAUCUGGCAAAACUGAUAAAAGGAAUGUCCAUUGAUCAGGCUCUUGCUCAGUUGGAAUUCAGUGAUAAAAAGGGAGCAAAGGUGAUCAAAGAGGUUCUCUUAGAAGCGCAGGAAAUGGCAGUAAGAAAUCACAAUGUGGAAUUCAAAUCGAAUUUACAUAUAGCUGUGUCAAUGACGGGCAGAGGCAGCUAUGUGAAACGGAUUCGUUACCAUGGCAAAGGCAUGUUUGGCAUCAUGAAAAUCUCCAGGUGCCAUUACUUUGUGAAGUUGGUGGAAGGUCCUCCUCCUCCUCCAGAGCCACCAAGGACUGGUUUUGACCAAGCAAAAGAAUACGUGCAGCAGCUGCGAAGCAGAACCCUUGUUAAUACACUGUGACAAACUUUUGUGACUACAUAGGCCUGAAAUGUGUCACUAAUUCAGUGAGUAUGGAUGUUGGACGGUCUGAAGAAGAACUUGCCUGCACAAGCAGAGGAAGGCAGUCCUGGGAUAGCAGCCAGGGUCCUCCCAGCAGGACUGGCCUCAGGGUUUUACUCAGGUUAAUAUUGUGGCUGAAGGUUGCCUGGAUGGGUUCACAUUCUGUCAGCUCAGAGCACAGGCUGAAGCAAUGAACUGUGCUAUGACAGAGGUGCCCUGAGUUGGAGCCUGUAAUGUGGUACUUGUGAGAAAAAGACAAGCUGGAGAUACUGAUCCUUGGGCUAGAAAUAGUCACCUGGGAUGACUUCUAUGUAGAGCUUAUAUUACAGCAGUGGAAGAACUAUGUUAUGAUAAUACAUCCAUGCACAUGCUCUAGCUAUUUUUUGUAAAUACUGGAGAUCCCUGUAGGUAGCAACCUCUUAAAUAACACUGUUGCUAGGUUUCCUCCUGAGUGUGCCCAGGGCCUUACGUAAAGGUAGAAAUGUGGUUGCAGACAGUUGAAUGAGGGAAGACAGAUGGCACCUUCUUGACCAAGACAUAUCGAGAAAUUUGAGUGUGAAACAACUGCCCUUAGGAGAAGGUGAUUUCUAAAAUCAGUGAAGGGAUGGGACAAAAUGAUUUGGAACUUGAAUUUACUUUGGGCUGACUGGAGUCAAGAGUAAGGGUCAGAAGUCUGAUGCAGUUACACCUCUCUUACCUGUAAAAGUCAGUGAAAAUUCUGUCUGAGAUCAAGGCAAUCCCAACUAAACUAUUGGCUAAGUAGCUAGAAAUGCCUGGGUUUGUGUCUAGUAUGUCACACUUCAGCACAGAGAUUCCCACCUGUUCUCAUCAAUUCCUAGGUGUUUCAAAGAUACUUUUGAUUUUGUUCUUAUUAUCUGUCUCUUUAGGGGGCCUGUGCUCACUACUUUUGAGGGGGAUGGGGGCUUGCAAAGCAAUCUUCAUCUCCAUCGGUCCUGAUGCUGGAUAUACCUGUCUUUUUGAAGGUUUUCAGAGUGUGCUGGGAAUGCAUUUCUCUUCCUAGUGUUGAGAGAUUUAUUUUUUUAAUGGGUAUUUGUUUUAUCUAUCACGUGAUAGAUUUAUUCACUUGAUAAUCUUAAUCUCACGGCAACGCAGGCAAUCUUCUCGUGUCCUGAUCUAGCAUGCAGUGAUUUUAUUCAUUUAACAGUUUGGCUUUUGGAUCAGAUAGCCAUUAGAGAUAAAUCCUGCAGUGUGCUGAGUAUGCUUAACAUCACUGGAACUGAGAGCAGCAGUAACCUGCAGGGAGCCUGCAGCAUCUUUCAGGAUUAUGCUCUUGAAAGCUUUCUUUACACUUAAGUAUAUGAAUAAGUUACUAUGUGGUGCAUGUCUUUCCUUCCUAGACCAUAUCCUUCUUUAAUAUGAUUUCGUGCUGAUAAGUGAGACUUCUUGAUGAAAUUUUUGCAAUGACUGUUUGUUCUCAGUUAACCACUGUUGGGUCUCCUAGGAGUUCUUUUCAACGUCCAUCUUCUCUGAUACAAAACAAAGACAUCCUUCCUUCUUUAAGGUGUGUUUUGUUAAAGUUAGUUGGAAAAUGAGGGGGGAAAAGCAACCAAAAAUACUUUAAUGAAGUGACACUUCUACCCCACUCCAGCACAGUACAAUAAAUUCAGUAUCAUUGUCUCUGAACAUAAGACAUUAACAUUUCUUUCUAUCUACAUCAGGAAAAAAAACCCAGGUCUCUUGUUCUCAGACACAGAAGCUUCCAGUUUACUACUUUUUUAGAAAAAUAAUUCAAAUCUUUUAUCAGACAGUAUAGCAUCUUCAUUUCUCAAAAGUGGGUUUCAGAUGUUGUAUUUGUUCCUGAUAGCAAUCAUGGGGGACAAAAUACUAGGUUUCAAAAAGAGGCUAAUAAUGAAUUUCCCCAAUAUGGUUCCUGGGAUAGCAGGGGAAUAGGGUGAUGACCCAGGGGUGCAUCACAUACUUAGAAGGUGAAAUGCAACAGCAGCCCCAGCAGUAGACAGUUCCUUGGCACAGCUGCAAUUCUGGCAAGCCAACACAUUCAUGGCACUGUCAGCGUAAACAUUUUGUGGCAACUGUGCAAAGCAGGCAGCCAAUUGUUUUACUAAUGAUUGCUUCUCAGUGUUCUCUUCCUUCAUCUGCCCUAGAGAGGAAAACUUUCUCCCCUGUACUUUAGCCUCUUGGAUAGUGGUUUCUUUCUGUAAAAAUGCAGUGCUAAUAGCAGUAGCCUGUGCUGUGUUAGCUGUGUGGGAUUUGGCUAUGUAAUUACAUUCCUCCUUUAAGUUCCCUCCUUUUUCAGACUUUAUUUGUAGAUCCUGUCUGUGUGAUAGCUGUAGCAGGGGUAGCCUGAGAUCUUGCAUCACUGCUGACUCCUCUCUGAGCUUUUCAGCUGCUUCCUGUUAACCAACAUGAUAGAAGAGUUAAUGCUUCCGAAGCAUUUCUAAAAUUCUCCUUGUGAGGUGCUCAGUGAGGACUUGGCAUAAGUGGGUGGUGACCUCCUGCUGACUCAUUUGCACAGCUGGUCCAGGUUGACUCCAGUAGUUUCAACUGAGGAACAUAAAAAAAAAACAGUUUGUGUGCCCAUUAAGUUCUCAGAAUACUCAGGCCCAUGGGGAAGUUUAGGGCUAUAACACUGUAUAUAUGCAAACACAAAGAAAGGAAAUGUUUGGUACAAUAUGUGGGUACGUCAGGGACAGGGUGGUAAUUCUUCCAGCUUGAAGGUAGGUUCUUGACUCAGUGAGCUGAAGGUUAGUUGUUAUGCUCUAAAUGGGAGUAGCAUGGCAAGAAUCCCGACUUAAAAAAUUGGUUUUGGAAGCCCACGGUUCAUCUCUAUGUUUAGUGAAUCCUGUAGGAUAAAUCUGAGUGUUUUAAGUUGUGCUAAAUUAACUCAGCCAGUUUCUGGGUAGCAGUUACCUACUAGAAAUGAAUCCUAGCUUCCUUAGCAGUUAGUACUGUUGUCUUAAGAGAAUCUUGGAAGAUUUCUGGGCAAUAUGAGCAUGGCAACACUCUGGCCUUAAUUCUGAUAAACAACAAUGAUAAAUACAAACUGAGCUCUGUCCUGCUGGUACUAGAUUGCUACCAGCCUCUGAGCUACCUAGAUUAAAGCUAGCUGGAGUGUUCAACAGUGGAAAGGUAACUUCAGAUACUGUCCUCCUCCACCAGUUUUAAAAGGAGAGGGGUGUAGCUUCCUAAUUGAAGGCUAUCCUCUACCUCACCACUGUUGUCAGCUAUGGAAUCCAAUACAGCACUUUCAUCUAGUGACAGUGAUGAAGUGGUUAUUAAAUGCAAUAGAAAUCAUUCAGGCCCCUUUUGAUUAAAAGCUUUGCUGUUAUCUCUGGCUUGUUGUGUUCUUGGAAAAGAGCUCAGCAGAAAUACAGAACUGGGGAGAGAAAUGCUCCCCCUUUGUUGUUUUUGGGGGGACAGGGCUUUCAGGCACAUAGAGGUAGGUAUUUGCAUCUAAAGCAAAGGGUUGAUAUAUUAUCAUCUAAUCUUAAUCUUGAGAGUUUAGGGUACCCCCCACCUUGGGCACAAGGCUUUUGAGUAAUGAUCCAAGUGGAUUAAACUGUGUGGAAAUGUCA